AUGGGGCUCUUCAGCAAGAAGCGCCAGCGGUCGCCCUCCGGCAGCGCUUCUGGGCAGCCCUGCGCUCCAGCCGCUGCCACCGGUGCCUACGAGCUCGGGGAGCAGGACCCGGGCAGGCUGCACGGCGCUGCGCCCGCCUCGGGGGCUCCAGGCCGCGGCAGGCGAGCUCAUCUGCCUGGUGCCUCGCCCUCGUCCUCGUCCUCGCCCUCACCCUCGCCCUCGCCCAGGGCCUGGCAGAGUCUGCCGGGUGCCUCCUGCUGCUGGUGGCUCCCAGCGGGGCCACGACCGCGCCGCAGCAUGUGCUGGAGUAUGCGCCGCAGCAUGCAGAGGGUCAUGGGGCUCUUCAGCAAGAAGCGCCAGCGGUCGCCCUCCGGCAGCGCUUCUGGGCAGCCCUGCGCUCCAGCCGCUGCCACCAGUGCCUACGAGCUCGGGGAGCAGGACCCGGGCAGGCUGCACCGCGCGGCUGCCCGCGGUGACCUGGCCUGGCUGAGGCGGCAGCGGCUGAGGAGAGGUGGCAUCGACGGGCAAGACCAGGAGAAGCGGACCCCUCUGCAUGUCGCUUGUGCAGACGGCCACGUGGAUGUCAUUAGAUGUCUGGUACAAGAGAACUGCCGGCUGAACCUUGCUGACGAUUUCAAGAGUUCGCCACUGAUGACGGCAGUACAGUGCCAGCAAGAAAAAUGCGUGGCUAUUUUGCUGCAGCAUGGUGCCGACCCGAAUCUGGCAGAUGCUGACGGCAACACUGCCCUUCACCUUGCUGUCGUAUCUCCUAAUACGACUGUAGCAGGGCUGUUACUUGAGCAUAAUGCCAAUAUUAAUGCUCAGAACCGGGAGGGAUAUACCCCCCUUAAUCUUGCUGUCUCCAAACAUGAUGAGGAGAUGGUAGAGUUUCUUCACAAAAAAGGAACUGAAAAUCAGCGUGAAAGUAAGCUACUGGCAGAAGACACGGGGAGUGAAAACACGGAAGACUCUUCUGCAGGUGGUGUAGCAGACAAGGCACUUCUCAGCAGCUCCUGCCCUGUGAGGACUGCUGCCUUUACAAGGGCUGCACUUGCUCAGGACAGAGAAGGUGCCCUGCCAGUGGGAGGAGCAGAGCAAGAGGAAGAUGCGGAAUCUCCCGGGGAUUUCGAGGACGGAGUUGCACAGCUGCAGCAGAAGCUUGCCAGUCCUCUUAAAAAGCAAUCUAUGUCAGAAGCUUCUCGGGAAGUUACUACUAUGCGCUACCACGGUGCCCCGGAGAAAGACAACCUGCGCUUGCAAAAGGAAUUGGCAAGGGUUGAAGCUGAGUUGCGGGAGUUGGAAGAACAGCAUCUUCAGCCUGAGCAUUGUGUUCGUGACUUGAAGACUGCCUUGGAUAAUAAGGAAAGGGAAGUAAUAGCUUCUACCCAGAAACUGCAGGACCUCCUGUUGGCAUCUUCUGGGACUAAUGCGACUAUCAAACAACUGGAAGAUACAUGUGCAACGGUUCAUAACCGCCUGGAAGACUUGAUAACUAGCUUACAGACAGCACAGGCAGCUGCAGAGGACCACCUCCACCAGCAGAUGCAAAAGCAGAAUGUGCUGCCUCUGACAUCAAAGGACUCGCACAGCAUGUGGGAAGAGCACUUGAAGUCAAGAUCCCACCUUGAAGAGCGUGUUGCUCAGCUUGACAGAGAAAAGGCUGAACUCCUGGAACAGUGUGAGACUGAAAGAAAGAAAGUGAAGAAGCUGGUAGAGUUGAAACGCCCAGUCGAACUGCGUCUGGACCAAGAAAUGAAAAGAAACAUCGAACUGCAGAAAGACUAUAAGAGGUUGAAGAAGCUUCUGAGCAGAGCUACGAAGAACCUAAGGGCGUAUGAGGAGAGAGAGAUGGAGUCCCAGCUUAAUUUGCAGGGAGAAAUGAAGAACAGGUAUUCUGAAACGGUCAAUGAAGUUGGUAGAUUAAGAACAAAGGUUGGUGAACUUUCCCAGCAGCUGGAGAGAGAGUCUAAAAAAUGCAUGCAGCUAGAAGCACAAAAUCAGGAUUUGCGCGAAGAGUUGUCCACCGUGCGUGGGAACCAUGAGAAACUGGAGAAGAGCAAAUGCCAGCUGAAAGAAGAGGUGGCUAACCUCAAACAUCAUUUGGAGACUAACAUGGUGGAUCGCAGCCAACUAGAACAAUAUAAAAGAGAGAUGGAAGAACGAGCCGGACAAGAGAUAAGACAAAAACUACAAGAAGUCAAUCUGUUUUUGCAGACGCAGGCAGCCUCCCAGGACAGAUCAGAACAAAUCAGAGGCAGUCAUCUCGCUUCACUGAGAAACCAGCUACAAGACAGAAUUAGAGAUCUUGAAUGUGCAUUGGACAGGAUAAAAAAUAGGGAACAAGACAGUAUUCUUCAAAAAGAAUCCAUGCAGGCAGAAGUGGAACGGUACAAAGAGCUGUACCUGGAGGAAGUAAAAAUAAGAAGACGGCUAGCAGAUAAACUGGAAAGAGCUAAUGAGAGACUAGCAGAAGCCAAUGCUAAGCUCCUUCAGGAGCGCCAUAGAAGCAGACCUUUCAUGGCAAGCAGCAUUGUCAGUGGAGGUCCGGCUGCAAGUCCAGUUCUGUAUUCAACUGAAGUGGGACCUCUUGGCAACCAUUUGGCACUGAACAGAAGUCUAAGUCUAGGAGGAAGCUUCCUCAGCCAAACCGGCAACGCAUUAUCCUCAAGGAACAGGGUUGAAGCCUAUGUGGCUAAGCUCCUUAAUCAAAAAUCUGUUCUUCUCUCUCUCCUCUGCAGCGAGAUACAUGACCAGGUACGGCGGGAACUGGAUGAAAAAAUCACUAAAGAACUUGGAGAGGCCACUGCUGAACUUGAAACUGGAUCUACUGGAUCUUCUCCCAUGGUAUCUGGAUCUGCUGGAUCUUCAAGAAAUGUCCAUGUUGACCAGGAUCCCCUUUCCAGGGCAAUACAGGAGUACCGUGAUGUUCUAACCAAAAAUUAUCUGAUUUGAACAAUAUGCUAGGCAAAGGCUCGGGGAAUAAUUUUGUUUACAUAGUGCAUCUGUGGUUUCCCAUCCUUCAGAUUGUUCAGAUGUGAAAACAUGUUUAUUUUUAUUAUCUGAAUAUAAAUUCUAAGUCUAUUAAAUGGAUGUCAAGCA